AUGUGGCGUUCUAUACUUCUUCUCGUCACAGUAUCACUGACCACAAUUUCAGCAUUGGUGUCACCGACUUUUGAAACCAUUCAAAAUGCCCAAGUCUUGAAUUCCAAAACAGGAGAGCCCUGCUCGAUAUUGCCUGGUGGUGUGGAUGGAAAAUCGUCCAAAUCCUUGGUGGUGUUGCUCCCCCAACUGGGAGAGUUCGAUUCGAGUGAAUUUUGCGAGCAAUUGGUGGCAGUGCAAGAUGACUUGACCAAGGCUGGGAUUAGGCUUUCGGUAGUGGGAAUAGGCAACCAACAAUGCGCAUCGGCAUUUUCUCAGUUUUCGGGCCUUCCCAUGGAACAACUCUUUGUGGAUCCCGAUGCUAGUUUGCACCAGCAGUUAAAAUUGAACAAAGGUCCCGAUUGGGAUCUCCCAGAGGGCGUCUCGGAUGGUUUCCUCAAGUUUGCUCUCAAUCAAUUGCCCGGUGGAGCUCCAACCGACGAAAGUAAUAAUCUUCGACCAGCGGCCAGAGCUUGGCUCAAUUACUUGGCCAUGUGUGCGGGAAUUGGAGCACCAGGCACGUUGCCAGAAAUCUUGAGAGGAUACUUUGGAGACUUUUCAGCACCCGAACGCUUUGCCGAGGAUGACGUCGUAACCGCUGGAUUUGUCACGAUUGGACCUGGUGUGGGACCAGUGAAAUUAGGUCCUCUAAAAUACAGUCAAUGGUGGCAAGACGAACGAGGUUACCAACGACCAGUAGAGUUGGCAACAGUCAGACUGAAGAAUAUGGUAGAAGUCCUUACAAAGUGGGAUACCUAUGUGUCCAACUCCGCAACCAUUGAUCAACGAGGAGCUACCUAUUUGUUGGACAAUGAGAGCGGCGAAGUCUUGUAUGAAUACAAGCACAGAGGAGUCUUGACGUAUUCUGAAACCAUGCCUCGGCCGCUGACUUUUCUGGCACCCUACAUUGGUGAAGAUAUUGCAAAAAAUCCAUUGGGGCUACUGGAUUAUAGUGAUGCCAAAAAACAAAAUUCGAAAGGACGGGGCAUCCUCAAACCUGCUGGCAAAUUCAUGUCCCUAUUAGGACCACUCUUUGCAUUGGAAAACAAACUCCAAGCCAAAGCCUUGGGCGCAGACGGUGCCGACUUGGAAGCUGCCAAACAAGAAAUUCAAUCAACGAUUACCGAAAAUAAGGUGACCGUGUACACUUACGGCCUAUCUCCCUUUUCCAGCCAAACCAUGGCGUUGCUGAAGGAUGCGGGAUGUACUAGUACCAAUGAUGUAAAACAGAUUGAAGUCGGACCAGAAUGGUUCUUGCUGGGCAAAGAGGCCAGCACCACUCGCGCUGCAUUGCUUGAGUUGACGGGACAAAGUAGCUUGCCGCACGUUUUCAUCAAUGGACAACACAUUGGUGGCAUCUUUUCCGGGAAUCCAGGAUUGGCAGCCUUGCAAGAAACCGGCAAAUUGCAAGAUAUGCUACGAGGAGACAAGAAAGUGCUUGCUGAGGAAAGCUAA